CAAACACUAACAGACAAACAAUCAUUCAGGGCUCAAGUCUUGAAAAGUUAGCAGAUGAACUAAUUUUUUAUUAAUAAAAAAUUAUGGUGAAUGGGGACUCUUUUAGAUUUGGAAUAUCUGUCUGAAUCAAGCAGUCAGCUUAGAUAAAAAAAUAAAAAUUAGAAAAAAAACAGAGGGAGAUAGAAAGAAAGAAUGUCAUUUAAUUUACUUGGUUGUGCUUUAAUUACUUGCGGCUCUAGACUUGCUAGGGUCCUCCCUAGUGCAUGGUUUGGCCUAUGUGGACUCUCUCUCUCCCUACAGGCCACGGAGAGGGAAGUUCACACUCCACAGGGCCUAUAUAUGUACCCCUCGCGGCUUAAACCUGAGCCAUCCCGCUAAGUCGCAGCCCAGCAAGGUCUCCCUGAAUUGGGCUUCGGAGCUUCUUGGGAGCAUCAAUGGCUAUUUUCAUUGUGAUUUUUGUGGUGGCCUUGGGGCUCUGCAUAUGCUCUGCUUUGAAUGAGGUGAGGUACAGGAAGAGAGGCUUGCCUCCUGGCACAAUGGGUUGGCCAGUUUUUGGGGAGACCACAGAGUUUCUUAAACAAGGUCCAAGCUUCAUGCGGAACCAGAAAGCAAGGUAUGGAAGCUUUUUCAAAUCCCACAUUCUAGGUUGUCCUACCAUUGUUUCCAUGGAUCCAGAGCUCAACAGAUAUAUUCUCAUGAAUGAAGCAAAAGGCCUUGUGCCUGGCUACCCACAAUCCAUGCUGGAUAUACUGGGCAAAUGCAACAUUGCAGCUGUUCAUGGCACCACUCACAAGCUGAUGAGAGGGGCGCUGCUGGCCCUCGUCAGCCCCGCCACCAUUAGAGAUCAGCUCCUUCCUAAGAUUGAUGAGUUCAUGAGAUCCCACCUGAGCAAUUGGGAUAACAAAAUCAUUAACAUCCAAGAAAAAACCAAAGAGAUGGCACUUCUCUCCUCCCUCAAUCAGAUCGCAGGGAUAGAAUCAGGCUCUGUAUCACCCAAGUUUAUGCCAGAGUUCUUCAAGUUGGUGUUAGGAACCCUUUCGCUUCCUAUCGAUCUUCCCGGCACGAAUUACCGCCGGGGUUUGCAAGCAAGGAAGAAUGUAGUGUACAUGUUGAGACAUCUCAUAGAGAAGAGAAGAGCCUCCUCUCAUGAAGCCCAUCAUGACAUGCUCCAUCGCCUAAUGAGUAAUGAACUGAACAGAUGCAAACUCAGUGAUGAAGAGAUCAUUGAUCAAAUAAUCACAAUUCUGUAUUCAGGUUAUGAGACGGUUUCGACUACUUCAAUGAUGGCAGUCAAGUAUCUACAUGAUCAUCCAAGAGUUCUUGAAGAGCUUAGAAGAGAGCAUUUGGCAAUAAGAGAAGGCAAAAGGCCCGGAGAUCCAAUCGACUGGAACGAUUACAAGUUGAUGCGCUUCACCCGAGCGGUGGUCUUUGAGACCUCAAGAUUAGCUACUAUAGUCAAUGGAGUCCUGAGGAAAACUACCAAAGAGAUGGAGUUGAAUGGAUUUGUUGUUCCAAAGGGAUGGAGAAUAUAUGUAUACACAAGAGAGAUCAACUAUGACCCAUAUCUGUACCCGGAUCCGUUAGCUUUCAACCCAUGGAGAUGGAUGGAUAAGAGCUUGGAGUCGCAGAGCCACUUCCUGAUAUUUGGUGGAGGCACCAGGCAAUGCCCUGGAAAGGAGCUGGGAAUAGCUGAAAUUUCUACUUUCCUUCACUAUUUUGUCACCAAAUACAGAUGGGAAGAAGUUGGUGGAGAGAAGCUAAUGAGAUUUCCAAGAGUUGAAGCACCGAAUGGCUUACAUAUUAGGGUUUCCACUUCCUAACCAUCGCCCAUUAUAUGUACAGAAAUAUAGGCGUAGCUCUUGGGUUUACUCGAUGUGCUAACAGGAUGCGUGGUUAUUACAUAUCCAUUGAUGGAUGAGACGAUGAACUAUGGAUAGGUGGCAACAACACAUCCGCAUCAUUCUAUUGGAUUUACCUUAGUUAGGAAUUCCUCAAAAUAUAGCGUGCAAGUGUUGAGGAUGUAAAAUAACAGUCUAACAAAGUAGUCAAAUAUAGAGGGGUAUGACAAAUUUUCAUUGUAGUGAAAUGCUUGCAACUUUGAAAGAUUGGUGAGACAAAAAUUAAUUAAUCUCAAUAUAGUACGUUCUUAUUGCCAA